AAACAACAACAAAUCUGUAGCUAGAAUAAACAAAUAUAAACGGAAUCAAAAUAUUUAACUAAAUCAAAUAUACAAAAUGGAUGAUGGCAUGGACGUCGGUGGGGAUUUGGAUAUGGGCAAUGAAUUUGGCGGCAUACAGAAGCGCCGGCCCUAUAUCAAGAAGUUUAUCCAGCCCGGCUCCGAUGAGGAAGUCGACGACAUGCAGAAACUGUACAAUGUGCAGGACUCGUGGCGCACGCUGCUGGCGCUGCCCACCUGCCAGAAGAUUAUGGUCGUUGAAUCCGUGCAGAAGGCGCUGAAAAUUCAGGUGGGCGUCAAUGUCACACAGGAGUUUCCAUGGAAGCAGCUGAAAUACAAGGAUAUGCGCGAUGUGCUCUUCGAGGAGCUGGAGAACUCGGCGGACCUGCUCAAGCUCUUCAAGGGCUUCAACCCGGACAAUUAUGUGCUGAUCGGCUACUGUCCCACGCUAACCGAGGCCGAAGAAGAUCCACCCGAGGGCGAUCCGUUCAUCUUCUACAUCAGCAGCAAGGACACCAAACUGGCCAUGGGCAUCGUGCAGAACAUGGAGGCCUUCGAGCGCUGGCGCAUGCAGCGCCGCCUGCGCAAGAAGCCGCGUCGCUGGGUCAGCAUGGGCACCGAGGACGAGAUGACCGUGCUCGUGGAGCGAUUUCGUGACGAGCCCGUCGACGUGGAGAUCCAGAGUGUCUAUCCAAUACAGCAGCCCCGACAUAUUGCCUUCGACUAUCGCAUGGCGCGCGAUGUGCGCGACGGCGUCAUCGAGUUGCUGCCCAAGGAGGAUGUCAAGUACGAGAACAUAACCAAGCGUCGCCUAUCCAUGGCCGUGCAGUCGGCGCCGGCGUGCAUCAGCCGGGAGCAGCAGACCAAUCCGACAUUCCCCUCGAACGCCUGGUCGCAGUAUCUCUACGAGAUUGACGUUGCAGAUCUGGAGCUGGACGAAUCCGAUGUGGAGGAGGAGGAGGGCGUCGUACAGCGGCCCGGUUCAGCGACCAAGGAGUCAAUUUUGCCGAAGCCAGCACCCGAAAUGUCGGAUCAAAUGCAGCUGCUGCUCGAGACGCUUGACUUCAACCAAAUUGACAGCUAUCGCAACGACUAUCAGAUGAUAACGUCCAAGCAUGUGGUGUACUAUACGAAUCCGUUUCUGCAGGAGUUCAUCUGCUUUGCCAACAUCGCGAAGAGCGACAAACGCUUCGUGGCCAGCUGCGAUUGGUAUCCCAAGCUGUCCGGCCUCAUCGCCGUAUCCUAUGCGUUCAGCACACCCGUGACCGUCGAUUUGGCCACACAUCAGGUGAACUUUGUGCAGCGCGCGGUGCUGGAGCCGAAUCCCGUGCUGCUGUGGAGCUUCGCCGACAAUCUGAACUACAAACUGGAGUUUGAGGCGCCGUUUGAGGUGACGACGCUCUCGUUUUGUCCAUUUAAUGGCGAUAUUUUGCUGGGCGGCAGCCAGAAUGGUCAGGUGGUGGUGUGGGAUCUGCAGGGGCGCUGCGAUCACCUGGAGGAGGAGGAGUACUUGACGCCGGCGCAGGCCAAGUAUCGAGCGCUGAUUGGCGAAUUUCUCAACUGGACGCUGGACAUCAACGAGGAGGUGGUGGUGGCGCCGGCAACUAUGUCGCCAUUGGAGCACUCACCCAACGGCGCCAUCACCGGCAUCUAUUGGCUGGCCAAGAACUUUUAUUUGAAUCACUUUGGCAAGGUUUUCAACGAUCCGGAUAAGCGCAGUAAGCACCAUUUCUUUAUCACUUGCGCCUUUGACGGCACCGUCGGCUUCUGGAAUCUGGAAGGCGAGGCAUCCAAGAAGGAGAAGGAGGCGCAACAGCGCACCAAAAACCUGCCCAAGGAGCUGACCCAAAACGAGUCGCUUUUCAAACAGAAAACCAUCAAGCCCACCUACAGCAUCUUCUACAAUGAGCCGCUGACUGGCAUCAUAGCCGACACUUCGGUCUUCUCGAUACAGACACCCGCGCCCAAGGUCAUGGCCAACUCGCCCAACAACUAUCCCAUUCAAACUGUGUCCAAGGAUCCGCCCGAGCUGCGUCAGUCCCUCAUACUGUCCACCUAUUACGGGCACAUUAUACGCGUCGAAUGGCAGGGCAUGUACAGCGAGGCGGGCGGCAAGGAGCAGGUUAAUGCCUCCGUCAACUUUGCCAUGGUGCACGACGGACCCGUGGUGGCCAUGAGCAAGAAUCCCUUCUAUCCGGAACUGUUUGCGUCCAUAGGUCGCACCGUGUUCGCGCUGUGGAAGGAGGACUAUCACGAUUCACCCAUUAUUUGGCGCAAGCGUCCCUGCGACCUGACUGCCGUCGCCUGGAGCGAGACGCGUCCGGCUGUCUUGUACAUAACACGCAUGGAUGGCAUUCUGGAAGCCUGGGAUAUUUUGGCUCGUGACGAUGAUGCAGUCCUGACUGAGGUCCUGGGCGGCGGCAUCAUCACAGCCGUCACCGAGCAUCGCCCCUCGCUGCCCAACAAAAUCCUGGGCAUUGGCGACUACAACAGCAGCAUACGCAUGGUCAAGCUGCCGCACAGCUUCGAUGUGCCGCUGGACAAUGAGCUGGCCAAACUAAUGAAAUAUGUGCUGCGUCAAAUCACGCGCAAAAUGAACAUACGAGCCUGGGAGCAAAAGUACUAUGAACUGAACAAGGAUAUUAUCGAGGCGAAGCGCGAGGCCGAGGAGGAGGCACGCAAGGAAAUGGAACGCCUCGAGCGGGAGCAGCUAAAUCCACGCAAACGCGCCUCCGAAAUGGAGGAGGAGCUAAUGGGUAACUUCAAAGGGGGCUCCAACUACAAUGAGCGCAUGGCCAAGAAGUGGGACGAACUGAAUCUCAAUCGCAUGAUGACCAUACUCAUGUCGCGCAAGCAAAUGGAUCCCGAGAAGCUGGCACGCGAAACGGCACUGGAAAAGGAACGCCUCAGCUAUGAGACGGCCAAGAAGGAGUCGCAUGCCAACCUGCUGCAAACAGUCGAGGACGACGUGGCCACCAUACGCUCGCGCAUCCUGCCCGCCGAGGUGCAGGACAUGCAGCGCAGCGAGAUGAUCGCGGAGCGGGUCAAGAACGAAAUGGCCAUGGCCGAGUCCUACGAGAGUGUCGAGAAGAGCGCCUUCAAGAAGCUCCAACGUUUCCCCGAACUCAAGUCCAUCGACUACAUUGAGCUGCUCGAGCGCGGACUGCAGCGCCGCCAGCUGCUGGAUCAAUCGCUGGGCGGGAAUACCGAACGCCUGCUCUGGUACAAGGAGAAGAUGCGUGACAAUCAGAUCUUCGAAUGCGAUUUCGGUGUCGAUCUGCUCUACAAUAGGCGCAAGCUGGGUCCAAAAACCAAUACGGAUUCCGAAACCGAAAUCGAAAUGCGCGCAACGGAAAUGGAGCUGCCGGUGCCGGUGCAGCCCAAGGAUGAAUAGAGGAAUAAUUGUGUUUCCAUUAAUUAAAGUCGAUUAUGAGAAGUAAA